AUGAAGGCAAUCCAGAUCAAAGAGUUCAAUGCGCCCUACUCUGUGUCAGAAGUAGACAAGCCCGAACCCAAACCUCACCAACUUCUGAUUCAGAUCAAGGCUGGUGGUUUCUGCCACACUGAUUGCAUGGCUCUUGCAGGAGAAUUUGGCUCAAAACUACCAUUUAUCGGAUCCCACGAACCAACUGGUGUUGUUGUGGAAGUUGGUUCUGAGGUUGAGGGUUUUGCCGAAGGUGAUCGUGUGGGAUGUCUCAACUUUGAUAGCUGUUGUGGCAAGUAUUGCUUACUAAAGGAGUAUUGGGACGCUCGCUUUGCAGUAAAAUUACCUGAUGCACUCAAAUUUCCUACUGCGGCUUGCAUGAUGUGCGCAGGUGCAACCAUAUACGGAGGGAUCAAGAACGCCAAGGUUCCAGCUGGAGGCUCAAUUGGCAUCAUCGGCAUUGGUGGUUUGGGACAUAUCGGAACCCAAUUAGCAAAAGCAAUGGGCUACCAAGUAGCUGCUAUCGACGCCAAGAAAGACACCUUGGAUCUCGUGUCAUCCUACACCCUCAAGCCCGACGUUUGCAUUCUUGCGUCUGACCCUCCAGAAUAUUCUAUCAAGAAAAUCACAGACGUCAUCAAAAGCGAUUAUCCAGGCCUCGAUGCUGUAGUCAUCGCAACAGACGCACCCCCAGCAUUUGAUCUCGCCGCUCAACUUACGCGCAAACACGGCACGAUGGUCCUUCUAGGCCAACCCGAAAAGGGCAUCACGCUAUCUUAUCAAAAUAUAAUUUUUCGGGAUAUAAAGCUGGUGGGAUCUCUACUUGCUGAUCGUCCUGUGCUGGAAGAGCUCUUGAAGCUGGUUGUGGAGCAUGAUAUCCAGGUCAAGAUUAAGGAAUGGAAGAUUGAAGAUGCUGAGAAGAUGAGGCAGGAAUAUUUGACGGGUAAGAACAGCCGUAAGAAUGUCAUUGUAUUCUAG